UUGUAUCCACUGCUGACAGAACUUCUCAAUGAGCUGGGGUGCUUGGCCACGGAGGGGACUGGGCGGGAGGAGGCUUAUUUGGACGAAAAGGCGGGGACGGUCUUAGAGGCACCCACGUACUAUCCUACGGCUGAGGAGUUUCAGGAUCCGAUAAAAUACUACGACAAAAUCGCCCCCGAGGCCUCAAAAUACGGCCUCUGCAAAAUAGUUCCCCCUGAAAACUUCAAACCAACAUGCACGAUGAGCGACACGAUCCGCUUCGCGGUCAUAUACCAGUACAUCUCCAAGAUGUUCAGCCGCUGGGGCCCCGUGUCCAGGGAGCUGGCUGCCAUCAAGGCGCACCUGCGGACCCAGAGCGUCGUGUUCGCGCGGUCUCCCCUCUUGGACGGCAGCGAAGUGAACCUCCCCAGGCUAUACCACGCCGUGGAACGCAACGGCGGUCUCAGCAACGUCAUACAACGCAUGCGGUGGGGCCGCGUCGCCGACGAGAUGAAGCUGACCAAGUUGCAGCACCCGGAGCGCAAGCUGGACCCCAUAUACAUGCGAUAUCUGCUGCCCUACGCCACGUUGUCCGAUCAGGAACGCCAAAGUAUAAUGGCGGAAGUGGAAAAAUGCUGGACCACCAAGUACCAGAAGAUGCUAGAACGGGCCCGCAAUCCCUUCCAGCGUCAGAACCGGAUGCUGGGCACCGAGUGCGAGUCGGAAUCUGACGACGAAGGAGAGGAUGGAAACACAGCUGGUGCGCUCCAAGAGGCAGAGGACUGCAUAGUGCAGGGGCGCACAAUGAACCUCGUCACAUUCAAAAAAAUCGCGACGUCGCUCAUGGACGCGCACUUCGACCCGUCCAAGCAGCCGCCGGGCGCCGUCGACGUCGAGAAGGCGUACUGGCGCGCCGUGCUGCUUGGCACCGAGCACAUCGUGGCCAACACGGCGUCCAUAGACACGGGAGAGGAGGGUUAUGGUUUCCCGAAGGACCCGCAGGCCGACUACGGCGCGCACCCCUGGAAUCUCAAGAUUCCCACAUCCUGGCGUGGCUCAUUCCUCGGCGGCGGCACCUUAGAGCUGUUCUUCGAGCUCCAGCAGUCUUUGAGCGGGGGCGGCCUGGCCGGGCUGGCGCUGGCCUGCCUGGUGCAGCUGGCGUCCGUGCGCCGCUCGCUGUUCGGCAACAACGAGCGCGCCAAGUUCCUCAACCGCCUGGCGCACGGCGUGCUCACCAUAUUGGAGAACACACAGGUACUAACACAAAAAUAAUCGAUGUUAUUCCACUAGAGAACAUGUAACGAGACGCCUCGUCAGCAAGGCGUGUUGCAACCUAAUAUACUAAACCUAUAUUAAUAACUAUUUUAUUUUAUAAUGUAGUACACUAGAUGAGUGUAGUACAUUCAUUAUAGAUUAGUUUAAUAU